AUGGAGGCUGAGAACGUGAAAGCCGCUAAGGGUGACCGCCCGACGAGUCUCGAACCCGGCGCCCUACGCCCGACAGCGCAGACGUGCCACUCGACAGGUGUGGUGCUCUUCCUUCUUGCGAGGGACAGCUCAGGAACCCUGAAGGAUUUAGACUGCCCGCGUUCGACGCCCCGAAAAGUGCCGUUGACAGCCGACGGCCCCUGGCUUCACAAUUGCAUGAGUCACUGUUGCCAUUGGUCGGGGGAGGCAGUCCAAAUCCUGCAGAGGCAAAGUAUCAAAGGUCUAACUCGAGCAUGCCAAACGAGGAAAACUCUUCACAAUCUCCUCCGGUUAGCCGGCAGCCCAUAUGUUGACCCCGAGUCCUUUCAGAAGAUGAAAGCCUUCUUCAGACUGGUUUUGAUUCUUGGCCUCUUGGCCGUGGCUACCAGAGCCGUCGCACAAGAUGCUGAAGAGGUUGAGUUAAAGAAUGAAGGAGACGAAGGCAGCGACCCGCUAGACGUUGCACCGGAGUCCGAGGACGCUGAUGAUGGUGAAGACCACGCAGACGACCCGCAGGAGGAGGGAGAAAACGAGGACGACGGUGAUGAUGGUGAAGACCACGCAGACGACCCGCAGGAGGAGGGAGAAAACGAGGACGACGGUGAUGAUGGUGACAGCGCCGAGAAGGAAGAUAGUCAGGAUGACGAUAAGGAAGAAUAUAAAGAGGACGACAAGGAUGCAGCAGAUGAAGAUAAAGAGGACGACAAGGAUACAGCAGAUGAAGAUAAAGAGGACGACACUGAUGCAGAUGAAGGCAAAGAGGACGAUGAGGAGGCGGAUGAAGAUGACAGCCAAGAGGGUGAUAAAGAUGACCAGGACGAUUCGCGGCCCUUGCUUGGCGUGCCCAUCAUAGAGUGCGACUGCGAGACGAAUCGCCUACGCACAACAGGUGCGCCGUGCUCAUGUGAAGGCCUCUUCAGGGAAGCCGUGCACAGCAGCCUCGAGCCGUCCCAAGGACUCCAUGGAGUCGUCCUCGGGCAACAUCCGGCGAGUGGCCUCUUCAGACAAAGCGUCUCCGGUCGACAGCGACUUCUAGGGAUUGGCAUCGGGUUCGGCCGGGGAUACGGCUCCGGUUGGGGCUAUCCUGGCUACGGGUAUCCUGGCUACGGCUACGGCUACGGCUACCCCGGCUAUGGCUACGGCUACCCUGGCUACGGCUGGGGCGGCUACGGCCCUGGCGUUGGUUUCGGCAUCUAUUUCUAA